GCUUUGGUAUGGUCAAAGGUCAUCCUUGUACCGGUAAAAAUCCACGCACGAGCCAACGUAAGUCGUCAUACGUUCACUAGCUGUCGAUUCCGAUCAAUUUAGAAAGUCUCCUUUUUCGAUAAGAACAAGAAUUCUGCAAGGAAAAUGUCGAAAACAACUGAUAGUCUGGCAUCUACCUGUGUCCUGUGUUGUCAGGAGAUCAAGAUUUAUGCCAUAGGGCCUUGUAAUCACCCCAUCUGUUUCAAGUGUUCUACCAAGAUGAGGGUGAUCUGUCAUCAAAUGUAUUGUGCAGUGUGCCGCUCUGAAAUGCCAAAGGCCAUAUUCACCAACAAGUUGCAUCCUUUUGAUGGGAUCAUCUCUCACAAGUUUCCCAACGAUCGCAAGAGUGGCAUCUUCUUUGGUACCACUCGCAUUCAGGAGGAGUAUCGUAAAAUCGUGGCCAACAAGUGUCAGAUCUGUGGCAUCAAGCGUGAACCAGAUGACAACUUCAGGAAGCUUCAGGAGCACAUGCGAAAAGAACAUGAACUCUUCUCUUGUCAGCUUUGUGUUGAUCAUAUUAAGGUGUUGCCAUCCGAGCGUAAGUUUUACACUCGCAAGGAGCUAGCUUUUCAUCGUCGUUCUGGAGACCGAGACGAUACCUCGUACCGUGGCCAUCCUCUUUGUGAAUUCUGUGAUGAUCGUUACUUUGACAAUGAUGAGCUUCAUCGCCACCUGCGCAAGGAUCAUUACUUCUGUCAUUUCUGUGAGACCGAUGGUGUGACCAAUGAAUACUAUGGUGAAUACGAAGACCUGGAGGACCAUUUCCGCUCGGACCACUUUCUCUGCGAAGAAGACAAAUGCCAUACUGAGAAGUUUCUUGGCGCGUUCCGGACCGAGAUCGAUCUCAAGGCUCACAAGGCUAAGUGCCACUCUGGAAAAAUGACCAAGAUGCAAGCUAAGCAGACUAGACAGGUGGAUGUAGAGAUCAAUCUACCAUCAAGGCAGAGAGACUAUCCACGGGGACAGAGAGAUGGUGCUCAUGGUGGUGGAGCUAGAGGUGGAAGAAACAGAUAUCCAAAAGUCAGAACCUCCAGAGACACAGAAAUGGCAAUUGAAGCAUCCCUGGAAACAGCGCAUAGAGAAGCAGUGCAACGGCAAGAUGAACGGAAAAAGAAAAUUGUGGUUAAAGCGAAAAAAGAGGAAAGGAGAACUCGUGGUAUUGGACGCCGAAGACCAGGUUCUCCAGUAGAUUCCUUACAACCCAAAACAGAGACGAAGAAUAGACUGGUUGUUGAGGAAGACAAAGAAAAUGAAAUUUUAAAGCCUGGUGGCGGCAUUGACCCGAUAUCCAAUGCAGAUACUAAAGCUUCAAAUAUUGAUAAGAAAGCACCAGAUUUAGCUGACUUUCCCACAUUGGCUGAACCUAGCCAACCUUUUCAGAUGGGAGGAAAGUGGGCUACAGCAUCCCACCAGACUCAAGACGAUUUCCCGUCUCUAGGAAAUGGAGAUGGUACCGUUAAUAAUAUUCCUUUAAACACAGCUCCAUCAUUUGGGUUUUAUAGUUCGUUACUUGGAAACAACGCCGCUCCAGUAUCAUCAACAGUGGAAGCUAGGCAAACUGUCCCACGGAGAGCAGAUGAUGAUGCAGAAUUCCCUACUCUGAGUUCGAUUGCUAGUUUGCUAGGUGGAAAUCAGAAAAAGAAUAAAACAAAGAAAAAUAAAAAUAAACAGCCUCCAGUUAGUACUGCAAAUCAAGACUCCAAGGUCAUGAAUUAUAGUUCAGCAAUGGAAACUAGUGGGAAGGGAAAUAAAAGUGAGAAAAGCAAUGUUGAUGCCAAGGUGAAAUUAGCGACGGAGAAGCCAGCAACUUCAGUUCCCUCCAAACCAACAACCAUUAUUGAUCCUAGUGCAUCCUCGGUGUCUUCGGAUUCCUCCAAUUCAAGACCUCCUCCAGGUUUUGCCGCCUUUUCUUUGAUGUCAUCAUCUAGUGUCCAUGCACCACCUCCUGGUUUCUCUACAUCUUCUGUCGCUAAGCCUCUUCCACCUGGUUUCUCUUCCCUACCAGCCUCUACGACAUCAGGACCAGAGUUUGUUCAGCCUCCAAACUUCAAGCAGCGGAACCGAGAUCUUGUGGCCAAGAUCCAAGGCUUCUGCUUCGACGAUGACGAAUUGUUCGGUCAGUUCAAACAGGAUUCUGGCGAGUUCCGUCAGGGUAUGAUCCCUGCCCAUGAAUAUUACCGUCGCUGCAUGCAAACUCUCUCAGAAGAAAACUUCCAAAGUGUAUUCCACGAGUUGGUCACUCUUCUUCCAGAUCUGGCGAAGCAGCAGGAUCUCCUUGCGGCUCACAACGAUUACAAGGCUGCCAAGAGACAGGCCCCGAAAGACACCGUCUUGAAGAUCAGCAACGCUAAACCUUCAAAAUCAAGUUCUAAAGCAUGGAAGUCGUCUACGGGUAAGACGGAGAGUAGCACUGUGUGCUCUGUCUGUUCUCAAAUUGUUCUUGCCAAAGAUCUAGCAGAACAUAUGAAUGUCCAUGAUGACUUUCCUGCUCUGUCAUCGAGCAAGUCAUCGAGGCCAGUUCCGACACCAGCAUGGAGUGCUCCCUCGUGGGGCAGGGGAAAAUGAACUUGCAUAUAAAUUUGAUUAUCUCUGACUUCAAUCAUACACUUGUAACCCUGAGAGCACUUCUAUUACAGUAACUUUUUUAUUCGGUUUUAGUUUACCUUUAAAUUUCUUUUAUUUCUUUUCUUUGUUUCUUUAUUUCCCCUUCAUUUUCAUACCACUUGUUCUUGUUUUGUUUUACCAUGGUUUUCAACCAAUGAAAUAAUUUGUACAUAUGUAUGGACAUCAAAGAAAUAUCUUGGUGUAAGUAUGUUUUCCCAUGAAUAAUGCAACUGGUUUCUUUAGUGUAAGAAUGCGUGUAGUAUAGCUCGGUUGACACUUGCACGCAGUGUGGUUCCCGCAUAGUUUGCGCACACAAACUCAUCCGGGCCAAUGCGCGAACUGUGCGUGCCAGCUUGCCGGCAGGUGAGUGCCAGUGUGUGAAAUGCAUGCCAAAAUUUUCAACAUGUUGAAAAUUUUGGCAUACAUUACAAAUUUGUGAACUGUUCUUGAACUAUGUGCAACCAAUGCUCAACCUAGUCGUGCCACUGCGUGACACCGAAAUAUAAAUUUUGUGGCGCAAAAAAUAGUAGGCACACCCCCAGGGUAGUCGCACGCAGUUCACGACUAGUUCAUAACAGGGUCACAUACUUUGCGCAUAGUCUAAGCUAAGUUCUCGCAUAGUUCGUGAAUGAUAUGCGCAAAAAUAUGAAUACAGAACAUGUGAUCAGAGAAGUCGUCCUAAUCAACGAACGUAGAGGGUGUCAACACCAGAACGUUGGAAUAUUUAAAUUUACGCUAGAUAAGUCACAGAAUAGGGUGUCGAGAAUAUUUGCUGAAAGCACGUCGGGACAGUGCGUGAAGUAUGCGCAAACAUGUCAUGAACGUGUCGGGGACAAUGCAUGAAUUGAUAUAGCCAAGUCGUGCCAUAAAUUGUCCUGCUCUGGCACACAAUAAUGCGGGCACCAUCGUGCGUGCAAGUGUCAACCGGGCAUAUGGGUUGAUUUUUCUUUUACUGUUAUCUGAAACACAUGGGUGGUAUUCUGUUAAAUAAUUUAACCUAGGUUUAAUCCGAAACUAAACAUGAAUGAAUGCUAAAUUUCAUCUUUCUCCGUAUUCAUGACUACCAUUUAAUAAAUUUCAAUAGAGACUCAUCAUAUUAAUCUCAUUUCACAGCACAAUAACUUUUUGACAUCUUUCUGCUGCAGGAUUUGAACAAUAUUUAAUACCAGGUGAGUGAGUUGAGAAAUGGCACUCCAUAAAAGAUGUAGUCAAUCAAGGGUUAACUAAACAAUUGAUAGUAUUAGAAUACCACCUAUGGUGAGCAGGAAAAGAAUAGAUUGGUUUACCUUAAGUUUCAGGUGUUCCUAUUUUUUAAGAGGGUGAGGGUGUAUUUGACUUUCAUUAAGCUUGUCUUUGAAGAUUACUCCUUUGAAACUUACAACUUUUAGGACUUCUUCGUGUUCAUCUUAAAACUUCAACCCCACCGUAAUCAAGUUGAGGCUAUAUGCAAACUAUUGCAUCGAGCCUCAGUUGAUCGCACUGUAUUUUGUGCUUACCGUGGUGCAUGUGCACUGAGGGUUUUAUAUUUGGGAGCUUACCUUGCCGCUGUUACAAUGUGCACACAUAGUAGAAUAGAGCAAUUUUUAAAACAAAAUUAUUGUGUAGAUUCAAACAAUUUCAGACUCUGCAUUUUUCUUACUUUUCCUCUCCCUUAUGCUCAAGGUAGAUGUGCAAUUCAAGAUGCAAGGAAUGUAGAUGGUUGAGAUACAGUGUACUGUACUCUCAAUUAGUUUUCUUCUAUUUAUUUUGUUUAGAUCAUCUCAUUAGCCUUGGCAAAUCAAUGGUGCGACGCAAGUUUUUAGUGCUUUAUUUAUGACAUUGGUUCUUGUCAGUACCUGGAUGUGUGUUGGAAUCAGUGUUUGAAAAGACACUAUUACAACACUUUUAAGAUGGGGGGUGCUAAUCUAGCCCCCCCCCCCUACUCUGACGUUUUUCACAAUAACUUCACCAUACAAACUCAUUUCUCUCACAUUUCAUGCAUAUUUUUUGACAUUUUUUGUGUGUGUGUUGAUCAAGUAUACAUUUCUGGGCUCAUGGUAUAUUUUUUGUAACCUGUCACAGAAAAAAAAGUAUGUUUUCAUCAUGUGGUUUGUUAAAAAUAUUGUUUCCAAAGCAUCUCCCUAUUUCUCAUUAGAUCAAAGACUUUGCUUAUGCUGAUAAUGUUCCCAUACAGAAAAAACAGAUUGAAAAUUAAUAAUUCCUAGAGAAUGAACAAUACAUAGGAAACUAAGCUCAAUGCUUCCUUUUAGAUAGUGGCCAUGUGGUUCUGGCUCUCACCUUUGAGUCAGAGGGGUCGCGGGUUCGAAUCCCUGCCUUGAUAUUUCCUUCAGCAAGAAAUCUAUCCUCAACAUGAGACACUCAACCCAGUCUGGGUUACCCAGGUGAAGUAAAUGGGUACAUGACAGGAAUUUAUUCCUUAAAACAAUAGUUGAACUGUUAAAGCAAGGGUAAUUAUGCUGCAGUAGAGCACUAUAUUAAGCAUGAAUGAUGAUUAUUAUCAUACAUGUAUGAAAGUAGAUAUGAUUUUAUCAUGAAGCAAUAAAGUACCUAUUUAAUAUAUUACUUUAAGGUAGAAUGUUUAUGUUGCAACUACAUGCAGUGACUACCUAUUAUUAUUAUGUUAAAAAAAUUAUUCAUUGCUGUAAAUUCUAUUAUAUUUCAUCCUAGCUGGAUGGUUUUUUUUUUUUGGGGGGGGGGUGAGAAUUUGAUGUUUUAUGUUUUAACUGAUGUAUCUUUACAAGUAUGUAAUAUCUGUACAAUGGUCACAGGUAUGCAACUAGAAACUUGUUCUAUUUUUAAAAACUUUCUGCACUGUAAAUCAUAUAUUUGUGAUGUAUCGGUUACAUUGUUUAUUAAAGAUAAUUGGAAAAAGAAA